ACUUCGGAUCACCACGACUACCACCACCACCACAAAGCGAAACUAUCAGGGCACCACUUUAUCGGACAAUAGAAGAAAGACUUGCAUCAUUUGAAAACUUUCCUAGCGACAACAGCAUUCCUCAUCAACAACUUGCAGAAGCAGGUUUAUAUUUCACUGGAGAGGACAUAUGUUGUUUUGUGAAUGAUGGUUGUAUAAAAGGUGGGAGACUCUGUGAUAAAACUAUAGGAGAACAAGACACAAACUGUUCUCGUGAUACUUACAGAAAUAAGUCUAAAAGAUACACAACUCGUCAGAGAGAUGUGAUCAAGAAUGCAAGCACUUCAGAACGCAACCAACAUUCAGCUUCGCAGACAACCCAAGGAAAUGGAUCUUUCGGAUCACCACCACCACUAGGCUAUACAAUCAGGUCACCACGUUAUCGGACAAUGGAAGCAAGACUUGCAACAUUUGAAAACUUUCCUAGCGCCAACAACAUUCCUCAUCAACAAUUUGCAGAAGCAG